CCUGCUUUCGGUUGUCUCUCGUCAUUAAACUGUUGGACAUGGCUUGAAAGUACAAACUAUUUCCAUACGUAUAUUCUUGAGUACGCGGUUGUCAUAAUAAUGAAACAGCUAACGUGGUUAUGUGAAAGUUCAGAAUGUGUAUGAUGUAAGUAGGGGUUGAUUUUGUAUUAGGCUGUGUCUCAAGGACGUGGAAAGAGGAAGACAACCUCGAGGAUGGAGAAGGGGACUCGAUUAAUUGUUAGCUUACGUUACGGAUAAAUUCAAAUGGAUACUAAGUAUAUAUUGACUACAAAAUACGUGUAAUCAACAUAUCCACUGCAGCACACGAUUUUCAGGCCAUGUCCAUAUAUGUUUUAGCUAGUUCCGUAAUCUAAACCCCAUCCGACAGCUACCGCAAAAGGGGGAUAUUUUCUCGAUUGAAGGGAAUAUAUGGGAUCACAAGUUUCAUCUGUUGAAAUGAGUGUGCGCGCGGGGCAGGGUAGCGACGAGGUUCUGGUGUCCCAAGCAGUGUGGGACUACUUGGCCGCCGCCGGCCGGCCCUGGCUCAUAGACUUCCAGGACAAGCAGGGCCUCAGCGCAGGCAUUAUCCGCAGAGGGGAGCGGGGAGGCUGCUGCGCAGUGCGGCUACGCCCUGUAGAGGGCUCCCGUUCUGGGGGAGGACCAGGGAUGAUGGAGGGGGGACCCAUCUCCAAUGAGACGCGCAAGUCCUUCAUAGACUUAUGCCGCUGUGCCCGGAAAGAGAUGAGCAAACAGGAGGGGGGUCCUAAGUGGAAGAGGUCCGUGCUGCCCUGUGUUGGGGUGAGGGUCCUGGAGGGGGAUGGAGAGGGGAGCCUGCUAACGCCUCAGCCUCCCCAGCCCAGACGCUCUCAGAGGCAGCAACAGAGGUGUAGGAAGCCUGCGGAGGAUGAGGCCUGUGUUGUCCUCUCCAACUCCAUGAACUGCAUGUCCCACAAUGCAUCAGGACAGAGGAAGCAGGACAACAUGGAAGUCAACUGCAGUAUGAUGGCAUCUUCUCAUAGCCACUCCCAGAGUGAAGCGGACGACCACACCUCAUGUUCCAUCUGCAUGGGAGACAUGGUGGAGAGGACCACGCUGGAGAGGUGUGGCCACACAUUCUGCCGGUCAUGUCUGGACCAGGCCUUCAAGGUGAAGAGAGCAUGUCCGGUGUGUCGUCUGGUGUACGGCCAGCUCAUAGGGAAUCAGCCGGCUUCCGGGACUAUGAUGGUGGAGAGGGACCCAGAUCUGGAGUUGUCGGGACACGAGGGCUACGGGUGUAUCUGCAUCAUCUAUAGCUUCACACCUGGUCUACAGGCGCCGGAGCACCCUAACCCUGGUGUAAGCUACCCGGGUACGGACCGCGUGGCUUACCUCCCAGACAGCCCAGAGGGGAACCGGGUCCUGGGCCUGCUCCGCCGGGCCUUUGAGCAGCGCCUCAUCUUCACUAUAGGGACCUCCAUGACUACGGGAAUGCAUAACGUCAUUACCUGGAAUGACAUCCACCACAAAACCGCCAUAUGGGGCGGACCACGCUGCUUUGGCUACCCAGACCCCACUUACCUGGUGAGAGUGACUGAGGAACUCAGAGAGAAAGGCAUCACUGCGGACUGACCGUCCAGAUUUCAGAAUGUUCCAUUCUAGGAAUUCUAGGAACCUCUAGCUGUCCUGCUGCUGGUGUUUUCUAGGCUGCAGGCUCCUGGACCUAGACCCAGCAGGGCUGUGGAUGAAUUCGACAGGGGACAGGGCUUUUAGCUCCACAGCAGAAACGGGACUACAAGACUCUCGUAUCACUCCAUGACCUCUUUUAUGUGGAAAAUCCUAACUUCCACUUAAAUUUAAUUUUCAUUUAAUCAUGCAUUGAUGUCAAUGGGAGACCAUUCAACUUAAGUGGAAGUGAAAAUUUGUCUUCGGUGGAAUUUAGGUUUCACCCUUGUGUUCCUGUGUUAGGCUCAAUCCAGCAGCACUUUGUGUGGAAGAAAGCAUAAAAGUGAGAGCAAUGUGAUUUUCUGUGUGACACAAUCCUCUACCUUUCACCUGGUGUUGACAAUAGCAGGACAUUUUUUGCUGAACUCAUCCGAGCAGUUAUAAUAUAGGGAUUUAAUAAGUUGAUAAGUAAUAAGUACUUAAAUAUUAUUUUGAAAUCUAAGUAAAAGAAAAGUCUAUUUUGCCUGAUAUCUUUAUUUCCAUGCUGGGGGACACGUUCUUUAUUUACCAGUUGCAAGCGCACAUUAUUGGUGGUCUUUCCAGUACGUUCGUAGAAUAAUUCUUUAAUGAUUUUAUUAUUAAUUAUUUUCCGUGAUAACCUGUUACUUACAGUUUGUAUAAAGACCAUAUCUGAGAUAGGUGGCAGGCAGAAUAGCACUGUCUGCUUCAAUAGAAAGCUUCGAACUAAAUAAUUUAAUUUCUCUAAAACACGUUGCAAUCUAAAGCACUCGCAGGCACUUUGACCAAGGGAGUCGGUCAGUCGUUCAGUGGAGGCCUGGUUGAUCUCUGCAUAUCAUUAGAAUGAUCAUGGUUCUCUGCUACCUUUUCAGGGAAGACUAGUCUGGAAUAGUGCUCUGAGCAAAUCGGGGAGGUGUUAGUCGUUAACAGCCCUGAAGCUAAUAGCCUGGUAAGCUAGAAGUUGAUGUCAAUUUGCUUUGAGCCCUUCAUUUCCCUUUUGAUCUUCCUCUCCUUUGAUUUCUUCACAUAGGAAGGUUUUCUAUUUGUGCUGGUCUAGGAUAGGUGUGGCCUUUUUUAAAUCAUAAUGAAUAAAUGAGGGACCCUAAUCCUAGAUCAGCACUCGUACUCUUGAGACUCUUUUUAUGAAUACGGAACCAGGUUUUGAACUGCUUUGAGUUCAGUUCAGUUUGAUGUCCAGUCAGUCAUUGGUCCUCGUUUCCUAAUGACCAGAUUUACACGAUGAUGUCAAAUGAGAAGGGCAAGAUGUCGAACCACUUAAACCAAAUCAAAGACAAAAGGGCUCUGAAAUAAUUAACUAUGUGUCUGAAAUGGCACUCUAUUCCCAAUAUAGUGCACGAGUGCUGAUAGGGGCCCAUAGGGCUCUGGUCAAAAGUGGUGCACUAUUAAGGACCCAUAGGACUGGUUAAAAGUAGUGUACUGUGUCGGGAAUAGGGUGCCAUUUUGGACGCCAGCCCUGUCUGACCAGAUGUUUGUCUCAUAAAUAAAGAGGUAUCUAUCUGCUGUAAUUAAAGUUUGUCUUAAAAGAUAAUCUAGGAUUAACAAUAAGUACCUGUAAUAUGAAAAUGUUAAGGAGAAUACUGCAGUCCCUUAUAGGUGUAUUGUCAGUGAUUUAUUUAAUUACCUUGUUUUGAUACAUUUCUCAUUGUUAGCGUGCCUUCUAUUCAAGUUUUGAAGAAAAUGUAGCAUGUUGAUACUAAUGAAUGAUAAGCAAUUCUUUAGUAGACUGUCAAAUUGUUAUUUGGAGGGUCAGCCGCAGCAGGAAUUAUGUUUGUGCUUUGUCUGCCUUUCUAAAGUUUGAGAAUAUAGAAACGGAUGUGUAUUUGACGUAACCUUUGUUAUAAACACUCGACGUAGUCCAAAAAUGUAGUCUCACUCAUAUGAUCAAGCUGUGUGUGAUUUAUAAAUAAACCUCCUUUUGAUGAGAAGAAUAUGCAUAUAGUCCAGUCGGUGUUAACCUCUUAUUUGUCUGCAUUCGGAUGAUGUGGAAGAAUUUACUUGGCCCAUACAUUAAAUAUCCCUUGCUACGACCCAAAUGGCACCCUAUUUAUGAUCGCAAAAGUAGUGCACUACAUAGGGUGCCAUUUGUGACUUGGCCUUUUCCCCCAUCUCUUUGUAUUUUUAUUGUUUAGGGACCAACUUGAAUAUCUUUGAGAGACUGGAAUAGUAGUUCAAAUCAAGCUACCACGCAAAUAUUUCUAUGCAGUAAACUAUGUAAGUGAACUGGGGGUUGGGGUACUGAAUACUGAAAAGGAUUGUGUUGCCAAUUGAUUGUGAAAAGUUAAAGAUUUUGCUUUUCUAAUUGUGUUCAUUUGUGUUUGUCUGUUGAUGUUAAACAAUGAUGUGGUUUACAUUUUAAUACUUGAAUAAAAAAGGUUAUGUUCUGUU